CCACGAAACGUCAGUUAAGCCCAGGACCGGCUUUGAUUUAUUUACGUCUCUAUGACAACCAGUUUCCGUCAAAUUCACGACACGAUGGCUUUGCGGUGCCCCGAUUUGCCCUUUUUGCCGGGCUAUACCUUCAACCCAAUGCUGGGAAAAACCAAAUUUAAUAUGGACCCCAAAUUCGAUUUUAUCGGUGAUGGGGUCCCAGCAUUGGUCGAGAAAGUCAGACCGAAUAUGUUCGGGCCACUUUCCGAUAAAUACCCCUCUUUGUACCCCAGGGGCGAAGUUCUGGAACUCCCCUCCUGGAUCGCGUUUGACAAACAAAUCUUGUGCUUCGACGCGUUUUUUAAGGAGACGUUGCAGGAGGUACGUGGUGCCCCCUUUUCACUGCGACGGGUCAAAAUUUAUUUUUUCCUCGAAGAUGGGACGAUUCAGGUGAUUGAGCCCAAAGUUGAAAAUAGCGGGAUUGCGCAAGGGACUCUAAUUUGUCGGCACCGAAUCCGGUUUCCGGCCCCCAUGGAUGAUAAUUUUUACGAAGUUGUUGAUUUAAAUGUUGGCAAAGAGGUCGAAUUCUAUGGCCGGGUUUUUAAAAUCACCGAUUGUGAUAAAUUCACUCGGAAUUUUCUUAAUCGGUGUGGGAUUCACGUCCCGGAUUCAUUAAACAUUCCCGGGGAUCCUUUCUUGGAGUUGCGUAAUCAAGAAAAUGCCAGGAUUAAAAAACGAGGGAAAAAGAAAGACGAUUCCCUUGGGAAGUUUCUGGAAAAUGACCGGAAAGUGUUACGUUUUUAUGGCUAUUGGGACGAUCAGGAGACAGUCUUUGGGUAUUUGCACCGUCUGGAAAUUUUAUAUUACCUAGCAGACGAUACGAUUGAAAUCCGGGAAGUUUCGACCGAGGAUUGUAACAAGAAAACCACUUUUAUUUUUUUGCAUAGAGACAAAAUUCCUAAAACUUACAAAGAACUGCCAAUGCCGGGCGCCAACUGCGCUAGCACCGUUUUAAAUGUUUUAGGGCCGGGGUUGCAAGGGGGGCGCUUUAUCAAAGACCCCUUGUCGUGUGGGGUCGAGGUCACGGAGUACUACUGCGAAAAGGAUCUGUUUAUUGGAAGUGUGAUUAAUUGUUACGGGAGGAAGUUGGUACUCACUGACUGUGACCCCUAUACCCGGGAGUACUACAGAAGUAUGUACGGUUUGAACAGUUUAGACGCCAUAGCUUUCCCUGAGGACAAGCACGCGGGGGUUAAAGUCGAGCAAAAGGAGCGCGAGUUGCCCCCUUGGAACGGCUACGGUUCUUAUGAGGACUCGGCCCAGAAUUGUAUCACAGUGGAGCCCAAGGCGCCCCAUCGAGACUUCAAAAAAUUCCUCAACUUGGAUCGAAUCGGGAUCGACAGUCACAUUUUACGAUUCGAGGCCCGAAUGUUGUCGAAAAUACCCGAGAACUGUACUCGGCAUUUUGUCAUAAGUUACUACUUGGCUGACGACACGAUUGCUGUGUUUGAGCGCGGGAUUAGAAAUUCGGGUUUUGAUACGAAGGAGUUCUUCGCGCGGAGGUCCGUCGCUCUACCCAAUCAAGGGGUCUAUACAAGUAAACCGCCAAUCACGUACAAGUCCCAAGACAUGUAUGUGGGGGCUACUUUGAUUAUUAACAGUUUUAAAUUCGUACUGAUAGACGCAGACGAGUAUGCGCUCAGAUAUAUGGAAAUUCACGAUCAUCAGUACCCGAAAGCGAACAUUAAAGUUAUAAUGGGGAAAAUUCGCGAAAAGCUGAGACCGACUUACAAGGAUUUUGUUGCGGAAAAUAUGCCGAAAGAGAGUACAACCAUUCCUUAUGAUACUCUCAAGGCAAAAUUAUUGGGGAUUUUGGGCGACGAUUUCACCGAACAUGAAAUGAUCACAAUCGCUCGGGCUUUUCCCGGCGAUGUCGACUUAACCGAAAAGUAUGAUCGUGAAAAAAUAAGGGCAAUCACUCUGACGGAAUUAAAGCGGGGGCUUUGGGACGAUUUGGCCCGAUUGAGGGAAUAUUUCUUGAUGAGAGACCCCCACAAAUCCGGGGUUUUACCCAGAAAUGAGUGCUACAUUGUAUUACGGGCCUGCAGACUGCCUUUGGAGAAAGAACUCGUCGACAAAAUUUUGCAAGUAAUACAGAAAGAUAACGAAGGUAAUCUCUGCUACGAGGAUAUUUUGAAUUUCGUCAAUCGGGAUAUUUGUAAAUUACCAGACGUUGAACCCAUUAGUUUGAAACAUGAGUUGAGUUGCAUCAAAGUGAUCGAGUACGAAAAGUAUAAGUUGAUCAACUGGUGCGAAUUCAACAAAUUUUUGGACUUGGAAGACACUUUCAAGGAGCAACCAGUGAAUAACACGAUUGAGCGACUCCAAAAAAAUAAAUAAAUAAAACACUGCCCUUGUGAAACUUU